CUGACUUCCCGCCCCAACAAGGUAUCCUCAUCCUCCUCCUCAGCAUCAAGAUCCUCAAGAGCAGCCGUUGCAGGUCGCUGCUAGCCUCUUCCAAUCCCAAAUCAUGAAGUUGAACAUCGCUAACCCCGCGACUGGGGCCCAAAAACUCAUCGACCUCGAUGACGAGAAACGCUAUCGUGUCUUCUUCGACAAGAAAAUGUCCCAGGAAGUCCCUGCCGAUUCCGUAGGCGACGAGUGGAAGGGCUACGUUUUCCGUAUCACCGGUGGAAACGACAAGCAAGGUUUUCCAAUGAAACAAGGUGUCCUUCUCCCAUACCGUGUCCGUCUCCUCCUCGCCGAUGGUCACUCUUGCUACCGAAUCCGUCGUACGGGUGAGCGUAGGCGUAAAUCCGUCCGAGGAUGCAUCGUUGGUCCCGAUAUCGCCGUGCUCUCUCUUGUCAUCGUCAAACAAGGUGAACAAGAAAUUCCCGGUCUCACCGAUACCGUUCUCCCCAAGAGGCUCGGUCCCAAGAGGGCGACGAAGAUUAGGAAGUUCUUCAACUUGAGCAAAGAGGAUGAUGUUACGAAAUACGUUGUUAGGAGAGAGGUUAAGAGUUCGAAGAAGGAGAACGCUAAGCCUUACACCAAGGCUCCGAAAAUCCAACGUUUGGUCACCCCUAUGCGUCUCCAACGCCGUCGUCACCUUAAGUCCAUCAAGCGUCGCAGAUUCGAGCACCAGAAGGAACAGAAGGCCGAGUUCGAUGCCCUUCUCGCCAAGCGGAUCGCAGAGAAGAAGGCCAAAGUCGCCGCUAUCAAGGCCUCCCACCAACAGAAGGCAACGACUGCGUAAAACCCUCCCCCUCCCCCUCUAUAUUCGCUACGAAGGUUUAGCAGGAUAUCCACCUCGGCAGGGCAAACGAUUGCGGGGACUCCCUCCUCCCCACCAUGUCGUGGUCCUGUCGCGUGUUGUACUUGUUAUAUCUUUCCGUGCAUGCUAUCCUCACCGUACAUCGCAUCUCAUGUCGUGCAAGCCAUGUUUUUAUAUGAUUAUGGGUCGAAAACGUUGUUUCUUAUUCGUGCGCUCU